CCUUGCCUGUUUCACUUUGACGGCUUGUAUUUAACUCAGUCGCUGGUUCCGCACGGUGCGCCUGGUGGACUGGAUCGUGAGCCAAGAUGAGUCUUGCAAUGAGGUUUUGGACCCUGGUGGUGAACGCAUUGUGUAUUCCGAUGCAUAUAAUCAAAGCACUCGGUCUGUACGAAGGUUAUAAACGCGUCUUUCCCAUUUUUCUGCAACGCAUAUCGAUAAACUACAACAAGAAAAUGCACGAUAAGAAAGCGGAGUUGUUUCGCAGUCUGUCAGAGUUCGCCAAGCCUGGCAAAAAGCUCACACUUCUGGAAAUAGGCUGCGGCACGGGGGCAAAUUUUGAGUUUUACCCGCCUGGCUGCAAGGUGAUCUGCACCGAUCCGAACCCACACUUCAAGAAAUAUCUGGACAAAAGCAUGAAGCAGAACGACCACCUCACCUACGACCAAUUCGUGGUGGCCUCGGGGGAAGACAUGGCGUCAGUAGAGGACGAAUCGGUGGACGUUGUUGUGUGCACCCUGGUGCUGUGCUCGGUCGAAGAUGUCCCGCAAACCCUGAGAGAGGCACACCGCAUACUGAGACAAGGAGGUGCCUUCUUCUUCAUGGAGCAUGUGGUGGCAGACCCCUCAACAUGGGUGCACUUCUUCCAGCACGUCCUCCAGCCUGCGUGGUACUACUUUGGGGACGGGUGCGAGGCCACUCGGGCAACCUGGAAAUACUUGGAGGAAGCUGGAUUUUCUGAGCUCAAACUCAGACACAUUCAAGCACAACUUAUGUUUAUGAUCAAUCCGCACAUAAUAGGCUAUGCAGUGAAAUAAGAUCCUAGUAAUAACUUUUAUAAAAUGUCAUUAUGACUACCAGUAUAUGAAUAUGCCAAGCUUUGUAUUGUGCCUAUUGCUUGUGUGGGAUGAUUACUAGGAGAAAAGAGCACUUAAUUUUAAUUUUUGUAUUCAAGAAAAUGUAUUUUGUAAAGAUUACACCCGUUUAAAGACAGCAUGCAAUACUAAUGUUUAUAUUACUGUUUACACAUGUAAUUGAAAUGCACAUACAUUGCUGUGCCAUUACUCAUCUGUGAAGCCACUUAUCAAUAGGUACCAUGUAAUUGUGGAUCCUCUUUUCAACUAAGAUUAAAAGAUUGUU